AUGAGCAACAGCUACGAAGCCCAGUCCGAGGCGCUCAGAGUCAUGAAGCACACUAGGCCGGCUGAACAUCGGCGACCAACUCGCCAGCCCAAUGCCUCGUUCCGGACGCUGGGGUUCGACCCCCAGUUUAUGAAGGCACUGCAGACUGCCUUCCCAAACGUGAAACGACCGACUGCGGUGCAGGAGAAGCUAAUACUGGAGAUACUAGGGGGAAGGGAUAUUCUAUUGAAGGAUGAUACAGGGUCUGGAAAGACGUUUGGGCUGGUGCUUGGGCUCCUGAACAAGCCACGCAUGGUCAUGCAUGAGUACUCGGAUGAGGGGAAAGCGGUGGGCUCGAAACGCGUCGUAACUACGCUGUUCAUCGUGCCGCACCGCGACUUGGCGUUUCAGCUGCUGCAUUGGAUCGAGCGGCUGACGAGCGCGCUGGCACCGCGUCCCCCGCUCGCGUCGAUCGCGCAGGUGCUCGUCCGCGGAGGCAGCAAGUCACACGAGCUGCUCGUGGCGGAGAUUAGGGAGAGGGCGCCGCAUAUCCUCAUUUGCACGCCCCAGGCGCUGAUGGAGGUGUACAAGACGGACGCGGAGGUGCUCCAGCUGUCGACACUGAGCGCGGUGGUGGUGGAUGAGGUGGACUAUCUCGUGGAGACGGUCGCGAGAAAGGACCCGAAGAAGUCGUAUCUGAAGGCGUUCGAGAAAGCGAGGAGAAAAGUGGAGCUGCACCCCGGGCAGACGCGCGAGAUUCUCGACAUCAUCUACGCGCAACGAAAGGCGCUGUCAGAGAAUCCGUAUAUUCCUGAAGAAGACGAGGAAAAUGAGCACCAUUCGGUGGGAGAGUGGCGGAACGCGGCCGAAGAGGAGGCUAGGAUCCCGCAGCUCAUUUUGUCGAGCGCGACCCUGCGAGUCGGGCUGAAGAAUUAUCUAUUCGAGGAGAGCAAGUGGGUGAACAGCCAUAACCUAGUGAAGAUAUUUGCGGAGAAGGGCUCGGGGCCUCGGGAAGCUGGGAGUACGCCGGUGAAGGGCGGAAGGGGGAACAUUUUGCACUCGAUUUUGGUUGUCUCGGCGGAUGGUGUGCGGAACGUGGAGGGAGCAGUGGCGUCGGCGCCGUUUCCGCAAGAGGAAAGGCAAGUUUUUGAGGAGGUAGAAGAAGAGGCAGUUUCGGCGGAGGAGUACUACAACGAGAAAUAUGACAGGACAGAGUCGCCGUUUGAUCCCGUCGCACUGGAAGCUGUCGCAGCGGGAUUCGCGCUUGACGUGCCGUCGGCCGCGCUUCUGGUCGUUCCCUCCUCUGCCCCGGUCCAGCGCGCGGUCUACGAGCUCCGGCGGCUCGGGGUGAAUGCGCACGGGCUGGAUCUGCUGGCCGAAGAGCGGGGGCGGGCGUAUCUGAACCACGGCGGGGACGGGGUGGUGCGGGCGAACCCCGUGCUGCUUGUGGCGACGCUUGCGACGACACGCGGGCUGGAUCUGCCCGAACUGACACAUGUUUUUGUGUUGGGGCUGCCUUGUGGGCCAAGCGUGAACGGGCGGGCGGUGGACGCGUACAUGCACAUCGCGGGCCGGGUCGGGCGGUUCGGACGGCGGGGGCGGGUUGUGUCUGUCGUGGCGGAGGCAGAGCGGGCCAAGGCGGUUCGGAUCGUUGAGUCGGUAGAGGACAGUGAUGAGUCGAUUGGUCUCACUCAGGGUCUGAUCCCGAUGCUGACAGGUGGCAGGAUAGCCCGAAAUGGCCAAAUACAGUCCCUCGCGCGCUCCCGCCCCCAGCGCAUCAACACCAGAAGAGUUGAGCAUCGGGAGGACCCAGAACACCCCGGAAUAAGAUAUUUGCUGUAUAAUCGCCGUUCGAUGACUACGAUGCAGUUGCGGGUGACACGGGCUGCGGGCCGCAAACGGUGA